CUUAGCAACAAUUGUAAUCAAGUUGUUUCAAACAUAAACUUUGUCAGUAACUUGUUUUGUAAAAAUGUUUGCUGUAAAUAGAUAAACUCGAGAUAAAUUUACUACAAAACACAAUCUUAUUUAAUUACAUGUCAAAGAAACAAGCAAAUCUGCCUUAAUUUAUCAAAAACUGGAGCCAUCACAAUGACUACACCAAAGUUGUUGUAUAGCCUCGAACAGCCUCAUGGUAUGGGAGAAUUGUAUUUCUUAUGGCAAAAGGGUGAAUCGCGCUCUCUAUUAGCAACAACUGGAACUGAUGCAACUGUUGCUAUACAUGAUCGCUCGGGACAAUUAAUAGAAAGACUUAAGUUGCAAGGUUUAUGUGCAGGCAUGCAAUGGGACAAUGAUGGUGACUAUUUAGCGGUGAUAACACCCAACAGUGCCGCAGUGCUACUAUGGGAGUGUCAUACAAACAAGCAAGUUAACAUUGAAACAGGCCUGCGUGAGCCACCAUCUUGCCUUGCUUGGGCAUUUGGAGAGCCUCUCUUAGCUGUUGGUACGCAAAAAGGAAAUUUAGCAUUGUAUAACCAUCAUACCACUAAGCGAAUACCAAUAAUAGGUAAACAUACAAAGAAAAUAACCAGCGCUGCUUGGAAUAGAGACAGUAUAUUGAUACUUGCAUCAGAAGACAAAAGUCUGUCUAUUAAUAAUUCAGAUGGGGAUACACUUAGAAUAAUCACCCUAAGGGAUGUACCAAAUGAUUUACAGUUCUCAGAGAUGAAGACUGAUGAAAGGGUAGCGGGGGAAAAUACAAUCAGUCUUGUAGUGGGUAAGCGAACACUGUAUUUAUACAAUUUACUAAACCCAGAGAACCCGAUAGAGCUGGCAUUUCAGCAACGUUAUGGUUCUAUUGUUUCCUACAAAUGGUAUGGAGAUGGGUAUAUACUUAUCGGGUUCAGUGCUGGGUAUAUUAUAUCUAUAUCCACGCACAUAAAGGAGGUAGGCGAGGAACUCUUCCAAGUCAAGAAUCAUAAAGACAAUCUUACUGAUAUUGCUGUAUUUGGAAAUCAAGCCGCUUCUUGUGGGGAUGGACAAUUAAAGCUGAUAUCAUUAUGGAACAAUGGGGAGGUGUCGUGCACGCUGGGCGUGGCCGGGGGGGCGGAGCGCUGCGCGUACAGUGCGGACGGGCGGCUGCUGGCGGCGGCGGGGCGCGCGCUCAGCGUGCACGUGGCCGCGCUGCCGCCGCUACACGCCGCGUACGGCACCAGAGCACUCGCCCUCACCAAUCUCACUGAAGUCACCGUCUACCAGUGUAUCGCUGUCGCUGAUGACCCAGAUGCUGGUAAUAAAUCGGAGCCUACAGCGCUGGCGACGUACGCGUUGCCGUGCGAGCCGACGGCGAUAGCUCUGGGCGGGGCGCACGUGUGCUGCGCGCGCGGCCCGCACGCCUGGUACUACCCGCUGCGGGGCGGGCCUGCCGCGCGCCGUCAGUACCCCGCGGACGUUGAGGCAGUGCGCAUGUCCGGCGAGUACGCCGCCGCCAUGUUCCAGGGACGAGCUAUUUUACAUUCCAUAGAACCACCGGAUCCCUCGCAGCCGGAACGCGACGCGAUAUACUUCCCGGAGCCGCACAUGCAGGGCGCUAAGAUUGUCGAUAUACAUUUGACGAGUGAUUUCUUUAUUUUUGUUACUGAGCAAGGUGAUAUAGAGUACUUCGGUGUGGAGGAGUGGCGGAGUGCGGCGCGGUACAAGCACUCGUGCGGCGUGCGGCGCGUGCACUGCGACAUCAGCGGCGCGCGCGCGUGUCUGCUGGACGAGCGCGGGCGAGCGCACGUGUACGCGCCCGCAGCCGCAGAGCUGUGCGCAGUGCAGCGAGACAAUGCCGCCACAAUCAAAGGGGUGGUGUGGGACAUCUGCCUGUCGGAGCGCAACGUGUUCGCGAUGGUGACGGAGGAGGUGGUGGAGACGUACUACUACGCGGCGAGCUGCAGUGACGGGCCGCACGUGGACCACGUGGCCAGCACCACUCUGCUGCCGCAACACGACCCCCUCAUACUGUUCGCCGGCGACCUCUACUGCUACGUCAGCGGCGGCACUAUAUCAAAGAUGUGCCUGGAGUCGCACAACACUGCGGGUCUGGCGGACGCGGACACGGAGCGGCGCGCGGCCAACCAGCGCCGGCACGUGGACAAGCUGCUGGCGCUGCGCCGGCUGGCCGACGCCUGGCUCUUCUGUGACGCCCUCGACGAGCCCGCGCUCUGGACCAAGCUGGGCGAGGCCGCCAUCGCUGAUCUCAAUGUCGAAUUCGCAAUACGUGUUUACACAAGAUUGAACGACGUCGCCAUGGUCUGGGCUCUAGAAGAUGCAUCACAAAUCGAGGAACUUCCAAUCCUUUGUGGUACAUUGUGCGCGUACCUGGGUCGUGCGGAGGCGGGCUUGCGGUGGCUGGAGGGUGCGGGGGGUGUGGGGGGUGCGGCGGGCGGGCGGGGCGCGGCGCGCGCUCUCGAGCUGCACGCGGCGCGCGGGGACUGGGCACGCGCGGCGCAGCUCGCGCAGUCCGCGUGCCCGGCUCGCGCGCCCGCUCUCUACGCCAACCGCGCACAACAUCUAGAACUCACAGCCGAUUAUCACGAAGCACUCGCGAACUACGAAAAGAGUAUCAUAACGGAGAACACGGAUGAUAUAAAAGUAAAGGAACACAAUGGGAGAUGCGAAGCGGGCAUUGCGCGCAUGUCGAUCCGGUGCGGCGACGUGAUGCGCGGCGUGACGCUGGCGCUGCAGUCUCAGCAUCCCGCACUGCUCCGCGACUGCGCGCAGCUGCUGGAGGAGGAGCGCCACUACGGACACGCCGCCGCACUCUACGACCGCGCCGGGAACACCGAGAGGGCGGCCUCGCUCUACAUCAAACUCAAGUCCUGGCUCAAAGUGGAAGCGCUCAUACCCAAAAUAAACUCACCCAGCAUUCACCUUCAGUACGCCAAAGCUAAGGAAGCGGAAGGCAGAUACGGUGACGCGUUAAAAUCUUACCUUAAAGCUCAAGACUACGAAGCCGCGAUCAGAAUCAACUUGGAGAAGCUAGACGAUAUAGACGAGGCGGUGAACCUCGUGCAGGAGACGAAGUCGAUACAGGGCGCCAAGAUGGUCGCCAACUACUUCCAGAACAACGACGAUCCCACGUCCGCGAUAAAGUUCCUUGUGAUGUCGCUCUGCUACGACGAGGCUUUUCAGCUCGCGAGGAAGAACGGGAAGCUGCAGUUGUAUGGAGAGAUAUUGAUACAGACUUCGCAGGCGAGGCCGGAGGACUUUAGGAGUCUAGCGCUGCACUUUGAGGGGGAGAAGAAUCACUUGUUAGCGGGCAAAUUCUACUUCCACGCGGGCGAGUACAGCAAGGCGAUGGCGCACCUGCUGAAGACCGGCGGGACUGAACAGGAGGAAAGCGAAGGCAUCAGUAUCGCUAUAGACGCGGCCGCAGCCAGCGACGAUGAAAGAUUGACCAGAAGAUUGAUAGAGUUCCUACUGGGAGAGACGGAUGGCACGCCGCGAGAUCCGCGCCAUCUGUUCCGACUGUACAUGGCCAAACGACAGUUUACUGAAGCCGCUAAAACUGCAGUUAUAAUAGCGGGUGCGGAGUGCCGCGCGGGGCGGUACCGUGAGGCGCGCGACGUGGCGCGUGGCGUGUGCGGCGCGUUGCGGGCGCGCGGGGCCGCCGUGCCGCGCGACCUGCGUACUGCACUCGCCAUACUGCACUCAUACAUACUGGUCCGUACGCACGUGAAGCGCGGCCGGCACGAGCUAGCGGCGCGGCUGUUGCUGCGCACUGCCAACGACGUCGCAUUCUUCCCCACACACCAACAUCAAGUGUCGAUUCUAACAUCGACUGUGAUCGAGUGCAGUCGCGCUGGACUCAAGCACCAGGCGCACCACUGGGCGCGCGUACUCAUGCAGCCUGAAUAUCGUUCGCAGAUAGAUCCGAAGUACGUAAAGAAGAUCGAGUCAGCGGUGCGCCACGCGCCGCGCGAGGCCCCGCCCCCCGAGCCGGCGGGCGCGUGUGCGCAGUGCGGCGCCGCGCUCUCCGCCGCGCUCCUGCACUGUGCGCGCUGCGAGGCCGAGCUGCCUUUCUGCAUCGCCACGGGCAUGCAUAUUGUGAAAGAAGACCUGACCGCGUGUCCUGAGUGCGAUUUCCCAGCUAUACAUUCUGAAUUUGUCGAAUUGCUCCGAGAAGAGGGGAAAUGUCCGAUGUGCGGUGAAAGUGUUGACUACAGACGACUUGUUAAAAUUGAUGACGUGUCCUUGUAUCUAGAUAUAAAGGAAUAACGGGGAAAUAUC